GCGCGGACGACCAGAGCGCGGCCAUCAGGCGCGAGUUGCCGCAUGUGAUCCGAGCCAUGAGCAAGGGCUUGGAUCCAAAGGAGAAGAUUAUGAUGGAUGGCCCAGCGGAGAAGGCUGUAGCACUGAAGCAUAUUGCAAUUGGAAAGACCCGAGCGCUGAUGGGCGGAGCGUUUGGCAGUGUGGUUGGACUUGGGGCUUGGAAGGGCAUGCGGUCCAACAACAAGAUCUUUGGCGCUUUCCUCGGCGGGUCGGGCGCCAUCGUUGGAGCGGUGUACGGCAUCAUGUCCAUUCGGGAAGAGUUCUUCGUUGACAUCCUCAGCAUCCCCGACGAUCAGUCAGAUUUUGCCAAGACUGCCCGAGCAAUCAUCGAGCGUGAAAUGCCGCAGAGCAUCAUCUUGAAGGAAGCGUAUCGCCGCAUGGGCAACCUCUCCAGCAACUCGGACUCCCUCCAGAAUGCAUGGGAGGACUCCAAAAGACAGGAAAAGGUGCACGACCUAAGCCACCGACAGCUCUCAUGGGAGGCGGCGGCAUCGUCGUCGUCGAGUAGUGAGUCCCAGGCCGGCCGCUUUUCCGAUGCCAACCUUCCGAGUCCGUUGUCCGUUGAACAGUUCCCGCCGCCAACGUCCAAGCCAUCAAAAAAUGUGUUUGGUUUUCCCACAAGCACGAAGGCAAGCCCUGGACUCGUGGCGUCUGGGCCGCCGGCGGAAGCGGGGCCGCCACCUACGACGUGGGAAGAGAUCCGAAAGCGCAGCAGCGGCAUACAAUAAACACGUUUUGUGUAGAAAUACACUACGAGCUGCUUCGGA